UAGAUUACUUUAGGAUUAUCGUUAUGUUUUUCAGAUUCCGAUAAUAAAAAGGGCUUUUGGCUAUUCGAAACUGAAACUGUUAUGCGCAUCAUGGGGAGCGCCAAAGUGGAUGAAAAACAAUCACAAAUCGGGUGGCCCCCUCGGCUUCCUAAAACAGGAAUAUUAUCAGUCAUGGGCCAACUAUCAUGUCAAAUUCCUGAAUGCGUAUGCUGAACACAACAUCUCUUUUUGGGCAAUAAGCACUGGAAAUGAGCCGAUGUCGGGAAUUAUUGGGCUUCCGAUACCUGCAGUUGGCUGGAUUGCAUUCACACAAAAACAAUGGGUACAAAACAAUCUAGGCCCUGCUAUUCGGAAGUCGGCGCACUCAAAAAUAAAAUUACUAGCUCUAGACGGUCAGAGAUAUCUCCUACCAUCAUACAUUGAGAUUAUGUUUGAAAGUAAGAAAGUGAAAGAUUACAUAGAUGGAAUUGCAGUACAUUGGUACGGAGACAACAUCAGUCCCUCCUUUUCACUAACUUUUACCCAUGAACAAUUUCCGGAGAAGCCUAUUUUAGCUACUGAGGCUAGUAUUGGUGUUUAUCAAAAACAGAAAGUGUCUCUUGGUAACUGGGAGAGAGGAGAGAGAUAUGUCCACAGCAUCAUUCAGGACAUCGAAAACUUUGUGACCGGCUGGGUAGACUGGAACAUGGUUCUGAACCUUGAAGGAGGCCCCACCGUAUACAAUAAUCCUCUGGAUGCUCCGAUCAUCAUAAACGGCACAGGUGGCGAGUUCUACAAGCAGCCAAUGUUCUACGCCAUGGGACAUUUUUCAAAAUUCGUCCAUCCGGGGUCACGAAGGAUUCAAACUCAACGUUACAGCGAAGAUGUUCUGGUAGCGGGCUUCUUGAGACCCGAUAAGAUAAAAGUACUAGUCAUCAUGAACAAGUGAGUUAUUAAAUCUGCCAAUGCACAUAAAAACUUACGAAAGAAACUGUUAAAAACCUGGCGAUAAAAUCAACCAUGAGUCUUUACCGAAUAAAGUAUGCAAACUUGGUUUUUCAGAUGAUGCUAAGGCUAAGAUCUUCCUAUCCUGUGGUCCUAUUUAUUUGUUCUUCUAGUCUGGAACCUGCGUAACACUUUAUCGCAAAAACAUACACCUUCGCCCACACAUUAGACCUUAGGUAAAACAUUUGAAAAAUCAAUAAUUACA